AUGGCUCAACCGCUUCCCUAUUUUGACUAUCAUGCCAAACUUUUUGCAAGUUUUCCUUUUUUUCGGCUUUUCUCAGUUCUUUCUAAGUCGUUUUGAGUCGGGCGCAUGACACAAAAAUUUCCAGACAGAAAAGCCGCCGAAAAAGUCAGAGCCAUCCUGUUGGGGAAAUUGUAUGGCCGUGACGAUUUUGGCGGUUCUUUUCGCUGUGAUCCUCACCGGCUUUUUCGUUUACAAUGUCGAUGGAUCGAUUUUUGAUCUGAGAAAUGGGUGAAUUUCUUGUCUAAAUUUAUAGUAUGUUCAGAUUUUGGAUGUCAAGUAGAAUGACGUCAUUUGAAAUCGCUCUGUGGAUGGCUCGCUCUCUGAUUGGUUUAUCGCGUUAUUAGGGGCGGGGCUUCAGCGAGGACUUGACAUUUAAAAUCUGAAAAGACUAUAACUCCACCCCCAAGGCUACAGUAUAUAUCGCGUCAAUGUUUUAUCGCACGUGACGAUGCUCCUUUAAUAUGGCUGCUUUUUUGACUUAUUUUUCUAUCUUGUAGUUCAAAAAAUCGUCUCGCGCGAUAAAACAUCGACGCAAAAAGGUGCCGUCUCAGCAGGGGUGGAGUUAGCUGCUUGACAUUCAAAGUCUGAACAGAAAGUUUGCCUUUUUCGAACUUUGUCUAUUUUUCGUACAGCACCUUAACCUAUUACAAUGAGGAAGAUGGAAAACCCGAAAAAGAAAAUCCUGAGAUUUCAAAUGAGCCAACAUCUGAAAUUUCGGCUGAAGACUUGCGCCUACCUCGGAACGUCGAGCCAGGUGAGAUAUACUUGAUUUUUCUUUGAAUCUUGGAAAAAACUAAAAGAUUUGAGGUAUUUCAUAUUAAAGUUUAAUGGCUGCAACUUGAAAGUUUUCGAGUGUCUGCGUCUCUGUGUUCCCUCACCGGCGAGGUCAGAGAAACGUGAGAAUAGCACGUCAACAUGAGAGAGUUAUCGAGAGACAAGGAGGGCGCAGAGAAGUCGCCUUAGGAAACUGCUGUGACUUCUCUGCGCUCUCUCUCAUUUACGUGCUGUUUCCAUAUUUUAUGAAAACAGUGGGAAGGGAAAAGAGAGCGCAGAGAGGUCAGAAUAUUCGAAAUGAAAAAUACGAUCAUGAAAGGACUUACUAUUUUUUUAAUUUACUUUGUUCCUUCAAUUUUUUUAUUUCGUAUUAUUAUAAAUUUAAGGUGGGAGUUUACCACUUCGCGUUAAAUCGCAAACCGCUACUCCCUGACGUCAUCCCUAUGACAUCAUCUUCAUUUGCAAAAAUUCGCACACGCAGCCAUAUCAUUUUAUUCAUUUUUUUACGUUCCUAUUUAUAAAAUUAGAUUCGACGUGAAAAACUUUUUCCGGUCACAUGAGAAACAGAAAGAUAUCACACUUGAAAAAUCCCCUUUUUGAUCGGAAAAACUUUUUUUAUUCUUUUUAUUUUCUUACUUUUUUUUAGAAACCUUUUAAAGGUUUGGAAUAAUCCGAGGCGUCGAGGCCCACGCUUACGCAUAGAAUGCUCCUUUAAAAUUUUUUCUUUUUUUUUCACAGAUUUUUUCACUAAGCGUAUCAAGUUUGCAAAUCGUUUGGAGCUACCUGAUAGUGUUAUUAGUGACCACGUUUUGAAACUAAAUGCCUUAUUCAUUUAUUUGACGAUUUUUUCACUGUGGCUCAGUUUUUUCGAAGCGAGCCACAGUCGGCUUCGCGCUAUGCGCGCUCCGCCUCCGUGUGAAGCCUUAAAACUAAGCCUAUUUUCUUGAGUAAUGCAUGAACCUGUAGGCGCAGUUUUAAUGCAAAGGCGCAAUUCAGGCUCCUCCCAUUCUUCAAUUUUUUCAAUUUCAAUUCCAAUUAAAUUCAAUUUAUUCAGUCUUCAGAGUAAGAUGAAGAAAAUCUCUGCUGAAUCAUGGUAUAAUCGAAGAGUUAGUCGUCGGCGCGGGUGACGGUCCACAAUCGUUGUCCAAUACGUCCCGGAGUGACAGCUAACGUUAGGAAAUAAUGUGGGCCCGUUGGUAGUACCAACGAAUAAACUGCUUCACCAUGUUGGAACAGUACAGCGCCCAGCUUGUCCAGGGCUGACGGGCGUCGGAAUAUUAUCCCAUGAGAGAGCGGCAAAGAGACCGACCAGUCGACGUGAUGAAAUGAGAUAAUAAUAAUCUGCUGAAUCACGUUCACGUGAAAGAAAUGAAUAUAUAGCCAAAUAUUUCGAUUACGCUUAUUUCUAGUGUUACGAAUGGUGUCAUGAAAUGACGUCAGGGAGUAGCGGUUUGCGAUUUAACGAAAACAGAGUUUACCUUCACUUUUAUUCAUUUCAAGUGUUUAUUCGCCUUUCCGCAAUCUGCACGACAAAUACAAAAAAAAUACAUCAAAACAAUCAAAUACAAUCAAAUGAAUCUAACAGCUGAUCUGUGUAAACGGCUGGAGGAAAAGAUUUCAAUAUAUGUAUUUUUUUUCUUGCAGAUCACUACGAUCUGAAAAUCAAGACCUACGUCCCCGGCUACCCGGGUACUCCUGAAAACCGGAAAAUGAGCUUCGAUGGUCGAAUAAAAAUCCGGUUGAAUGUGAAAAAGCAAACUCGUCAAAUUUCACUGAAUUCUGAGGGAUUGGAUAUUUCAACUUCUGAUAGUUCAGUUACUCUUGUAAGUAACAAGUUUUUUUGAGAAGAAGGAUUUUUUUUUAGAAUGGAAGAAAUAUUCCAAUUGAAUCUAUCGAAACUUUGGAGAAGCUGGAAAUGAUCCGGAUCAAUUUGGCUGAUUUUUAUUGAAGAAAAAUCAAGUGGCUGUCGUCGAGGUGGGGGUUUUUUUCCAUUCAUUUUUCCCUUUAUGAAGAAAAAAGCUGAUUUUUACCUGAAAAAAAUGACUUGUUAAAAAAAUAACUGAAAUUAUUUCCACAACUUGAAGCUGCCUCUUUCAGACAUUUUUUUCAUAUUUUUUUCUGUAAUUUAACCAUUUUUUUCUUGAAUAUUUUUUUUAAAAAAACAAAAAAACUUCAAAAAAAUCUAGAGACUUAUGAAUGUAAUCAUCAGAAAAAAAGCGUCGUUUUGCAAAUUUUUUUAUCCGACUCUUUGAUUAAAGAAAAAUAAAUUUAUAAUAUGAUUUUUCAAUUUCAAAUUUGUCAAGAGAGUUGAGAGCUUUAAGAAAAUUUAAAAAAACAUCUCCACUUUUUUUCGUUUCUUUUUUUUCAGUUUGUCAAAGUUAGAGUAGCGGCGGCCUGUAGAGAAGCGAGACAACGAGAGUCCCUCUGCCUGUCUGGCUUCUCUUCGACCCGUCACUACUCUCUCGCUUCCAUUGUAAUUCAUCUAUGUUUUAUUUUUUAGCUCUCCUUCUUGGGAAAAUUCCGAGAGGAUCUCACUGGAAUCUACUACUCGGAAUAUAAAGAUUCGAAUGGGGAGAAAAAGUUUUUUUUUCAAAAAAAGCAGAUUUUGAAUUGAACUUUGAAGAUACGUGGUGACAACUCAUAUGGAACCUUCUGACGCCCGGAAAAUGGUCCCUUGUUUUGAUGAGCCCGAUUUGAAGGUACCGAAUUUUCUUCGUUUCUUUUUCCAGAUACAGAAAAGUUAUUACUCGGAAUCCUUCUGACGCCAGAAAAAUUUAGUUCUACGAAUUCGGAAUUUCUUUUUCAGAAAUUUGAACUUACUUCUUCCUAAUUUUUCUCCGAAAUGUUUCAAAAUUGCUUUGAAACAAGAAUUUCAGGCGAAUUGGACAAUGACAAUUAUUCAUCCAAAAGGCACCAAAGCCAUUGCAAACGGCAUCGAAGAGAAGGAAUCUGUGUGAGUUUUUAUGGGGAUUUUAAAGUCUUCCAAAAAUUUUCCCGUCCUUCUUUGACUGAAAAAAGCUUCAAAAAAAAAAAGUUUUGAAUUGAAACUCAACGAUCGCUUUUGAAACGAGUCGGACGGUCUCAUUGCACUUGAAAAAGCCCGGCCUAUUCUUUGCUUGACAUUGAGUAGCUUGCUUCAAUGCGUUUCGAUAACUGCAUGCGCAAGCCGUUUUGAGUCGGGCGCACAUUGGAGACAUGUAUUUGCAGCAAAUUAAAAGCAAAUGCAAACCAGGUACAGCUUAUGAGAGCAGAAGAUUGAAAAAAUCGAAAUUUUCUUUUUUAGCUUGAUUGGAGUGUGUGUAUAAUGAUUGUUAUAAGUUAUAAUUAUAUUUUCUUAAAAACUGACUUUAUAGAGUUGACAAGAACUUCAUCUCGACCAAGUUCAAGACGACGCCGAAGAUGUCGUCCUACUUGCUCGCUCUUUUCGUCUCCGAAUUCGAUUACGUCGAGAAAAAGACGAAAAAUGGAGUCAGGGUCAGUCCCGACCUCCCGAACCCUGACAACUUCUCAAAUAUGCUUCAGUUCCGGAUUUAUGCGCGUCCCGAAGCGAAACACCAGCUACAGUACGCCCUGGACGCCGGCGUCAAGUGCACCGAGUACUACGAAGAGUACUACGGAGUCGAGUUCCCUCUCGAGAAACAGGACAUGGUCGCCAUACCAGAUUUCGUGUCCGGGGCUAUGGAAAACUGGGGCUUGAUUACCUACAGGUAGAUAAAAAAUUCAAAACGAUAAAUUUUGACAUUUUCUCCUUCUUGUUUUAACGAGAAGUGGAAGUGGGAAACUUUGUUUCAUGCAGCUCUUUUUUCAGAGAAAGCAAUCUCCUCUACGACGAUAAAAUCUACGGUCCUGGAGCCAAAAAACGGGUUGCCGAAGUGAUUGCUCAUGAACUCGCCCAUCAGGUCUUUCGGUUUUAAAAGAACUGAAAAAGGGUUUUUUUAUCCUCAAUCACCUAAGGUUGAACGUGAACAUUUCUUUUUGAAUUCCACGACCUCAUUUAUACGGAAAAUUGAGCUUCUGAAGAUUUUGUAAUCAUUUCUCGAAUAUUGAUAUUUUUUCGAAGCUCAAGUUUUGACACAGACUUUUCUUUGAUCAAGAUCAUUUAUGGUUUUUCAAGAUCAUCUGCAAUGUAGAAACUUCAUGAAUCAUUUUUUCAUUCAGUGGUUCGGAAAUCUGGUCACGAUGAAAUGGUGGGACGAUUUGUGGCUAAAUGAAGGUUUCGCGACAUUUCUCGAAUAUCCUGGCACCGAUGUCAUCAGCGAUGGGAAUUUCCGAAUGGUGAGAUUCAAAAAAGCAUGAAAGACUCACUAUGCAUGUCUAUCCCCAUAUUUGUUGUGUAAAACUAGCUUUAUCGUCACAAGUCGAAAAAAUAUUUAGGACGAAAACUUUGUCAUAGUCUCCAUUUCCGACGCGUUGGCCGACGAUUCCCAGGCCUCAACUCAUCCGCUUUCUUUCAAAAUCGACAAGGCCGUGGAAGUUAGAGAGGCUUUCGACACCAUUUCCUACGAUAAAGUGAGAUCUGACCAGCUUGAAAAAUGUGAUUGAGACUUGUAUAAGGGUGGCUCAUUGCUUCGGAUGCUGGAGAAGGUCAUCGGAGAGGAAAAUUUCCAGAAAGGACUUCAUGCAAGUCUUAUUAAGAGGAAAUUAGCUUAGAAUCGAUUUUCAGCACUAUCUGAAUGUUCACAAGUACAGUAACGCCAAGGCCGCCGACUUGUUCGAAGCUCUGAACAAAAAAACGCCAGAAUCAAUAAUCGGACCCAACGGUGGGAAACUGGAUGUCAUCAAUUUCGCCGAGCAGUGGACUACUCAGGUUUCAGCACAAAACAAUCUUCAAAUAGUUCAUUUCGACAAUUUUUAGCUCGGCUACCCGCUUCUGACAGUGACUCGUGAAGAUGAAAACACUAUUAAAGUGACCCAAGAACGGUUCAAAAAGAAUAAAGACGCUGUGGAGAAACCGAAAUACAGAAACCCGAAAUAUGGGUCCCUCAAUGAUCAUGUCCUCUUUUUCUCAACUUCUUUGAUUCAGUUUCAAAUGGGACGUUCCGGUGUGGUACCAAGAAGCCGGAAACAAAGAGAUCAAGUUUGCUUGGCUCAAACGCGGUAUCUUUCUCGUUUAUUCUUGUUCCGAAGCUAUUGAAAAGUUCAGACGAGCCGCUCUUCUUGAAAACCAAGUCGGCAGUUGUUCUGAACGCCGAUUCUUUCGGUUUUUAUCGUGUCAACUACGAAAACGCCGAGUGGAAGAAGAUUGGGGCUCUGUUGGUCAAAGAUCAUGAAGUUUGCCAAAAAAACCUUUGUUUCAAAUUGAAACUCAGCUUUUUUUAAAUAAUAUAAUUUAUUCAAAAAAAUCAAUGGGAACCUACUUUGAUCUGAAGUUUUAGAAAGCGCUUACAUUUAUAAUUUGGAAGCGAUAUUCAAAUUAGGGAUUUUUUAAAAAGAGAUAAUUGAGAAACCGACCUUGAAAACGACUUAAAAACGGAUUUUGAGAUCUACGGGAAAAAUAAAAUUUCAGAAGUUCUCAACGAAAACUCGAGCUCGACUCAUAGAAGACGUCUUUGAAUGUGCCGCCGCCAACUUGGUCGAUUAUAAAGACGCUAUCGAUUUCGUUCAAUAUCUUCCGAAAGAAAAGGUUUAUCCUUGAAUCUACCAAAAAUAUAGCUACUUGAGAUAUAAAUGGGAAAAGGGAGAUCUCAUCUUCUAAACACCAAAAAGCUCAAUUUUAACAAAUUUUUUGAAAAAAAGAAGUUUGAAGCUAUUUGUUCAAACCUCUUUUUUUUUGAAUUUGAAAAUUUUUAUGCCUCAUUCAUGCAAGCCUAACAAAACUUGAGAUAAAGUUGGUAAAACAAUCCUCUUUUAAACUUUUUGUUUUAGUGCUUUAUGACAUUCUUUCCCACUCGGGCAAAAUCGGAUUACUGGAUAAUGGCCGCUAAAAGGGAGAUGCUCAAAAAAGGCCGCAGAAAGGCACCAAAAAGACAGCAAAAAGAUUCCCUUUAUCGAGCCUUGCAUUUUUUUUUCUGGAAUUUUAAAGGCUCAAGAAAGGCAGAAAAAUUGGUGCAUAAGAGCUGAUAAAUUGGCGCAAAAAGGCACCAAAAAAGGAACUUUUGUUACCCUAAAAGAAAAACUUCUAUGAAGUCUUUUCCCACACUUUCCGACUUCGCUAAUGAGGGAUACAAGGCGCUCUUAAGGCAAACCCGAGAAAAUGUAAAAAAAAAAGCAUCUCCCCGAAACAGCGAUCAUGGUUUGGGAAAAAUGAAACUUUUUUUAGUUCAAAAAGUUUCGCUUUAUUGACAUUCUUUCACAAAAGACAAUGCCAGCCUAAUAAAGCGUGAAACAAAAGGCCGCCACGAAAAAGCAAUCAUGAUUUAGGACUACCUUCCCUGGUACUCUGCCAUGACUCAGUUCAUCUCGAUCUUGAACUAUUACGGAAACGACCCAGAAGUUGGGCCUAUCAAAGUUUUUCCUUCCCGAUUUCGCUUCGAAUCUUAAAUCUUUCAGAAAUAUCUUCUCGAAAUUUUGUCGAAUAAUUACGACCACAACGACUUUGAGUACAUGGAAGAGAACUACAAGGACGACAAGAAGUCCUUCGAAGUGUUCGUUUUUUUUUAAGUCUUUUUUCUUGAAUAAGCAUCUUCAACUUUAUUGUCAAAGAUGGAAAAAUUUUGAGCAAUGUUGAAAAAAUGCUUCUUUAGCCUUGAUUCCAACAGCCCCAUGGGGAAUGGCUCCAAGCGUUGCGAAUAAAUUUCAAAACCGACUUGAGAUUUAAAAACUCGUCCUAUGCUUUUCGAUGUCUGCGCGUAACUCGUUUCUGGUCUGCCGCAGAGCUGUCGAUGGGGCUACCUCACCCGCAGAGCUGAAAAAGGGAGAUAAGAAUACAAAUGAGUGAAAAUAAGUUACUGAAAAAAGGGCUUUUUUUCGAUAACGUGACCGCUUCGUGGGUCGGACGCCCCGGGGCGUGUUGCGGUCGUCCCGUUUCCUCAGCAGCGUUGGUCUUCCGCAUUUUCAAUUGCGAACUUUUCGGCUUUCAAAAAGUUCACUUUCAGACUGUUAAAAUCGCAAACAAUCUCAACGAUAUGUGACCUCGGUGACGUCGCCUGCGGCAAAAUAGCCACGGCCUUCCUCGAAUAUCGAGUCCGGCCGGCUUGCAAGAAAGAUGGCGUCAAAGCGUCUGUCUGUAAUAAGUAAUUUUUGUCCCGUUUCUUUGGAAAAUAUAAAUUUUCAGAGUAGCCGCCCCACUCAGAACCUUGGCCUAUUGCUAUGGGGUCAAAGAUGGCGGCGUCAAGAUCUUUGACAAGGUUUCAAAAUAAAAAUGAAUAAUAGAAUCCUCUUUAUCAUCUUUCAUUCUACUGUCACGGCUGGCUUGAGCCAUCAAAAAGGGUCCUGACACGAUGAAAAACGAGAUAGUGCCUGGCUUGUGGAGAGCGCAGACAGGCCACGCCUUCUUAGCGUCCCAAGCUAGCCGUGAAUCAGCUAGACUUUCUUUUCUUCAUCAAUUUAUAUAUUCUCAUUCUUCUGCUUUUUGGAAUGAGUUUGAAGAAGAUUCAACUUCGAUGGUAUUUUUCCAGGUACUUGAAUGGUACCGAACUGAAGAUGUUCAACGGGAAAAAGACAAUUUGCUGAGAGGAAUGGCCUGCUUGGACGACAUUCCGACAUUGACGAAGUUAUAUUUAGGAAUAGAUUUUUUUUUUAUGUUCACGAAAUGAACCUGAUAACAUUACUUGAGGUUCAGAAGAAAGCCAGAAAACCUGUUUUUGAAUGGAAACAGCGAGCAAUUAAAAUUCUAUAUUUGAGAAUAUCUGACGUGUCUGCGCCCUCCUCUCUCUCCCCCAUUCACUCACUUUUGAGUUUCCUCGCAAGGGGUUUUCAGUCUUAAGAUUGGCUGUUUCCAAAAAUUUAUUAAUCACAUUUCACUGCGAAGGACUUUGAUUAUUUGCCAGAUUUCACUUUUUUGAAAACUGAAUUUUCUAGUUGGAUUAAUUUCUGUGCCCUUUUUCUGUUCAAAUGUUUUCAAUCGGCUUUCCAAAACUGAAAAAAACUAAAAUUUUGAGCUUAGCAAGCAUAAAAAUUUUUCAAUAGCAUACUUUUGAUGGAAGAUAAAAACAUCGGCUUUUGGUUUUAGCUCAAUAUUUCUUACAACGCUCUCAAAAAUUGAAAAUUGAAAAAAAUAAAAAUUGCAAAUCCUUCUACAGACUACUUCUGAACGCGCUGGACGACAAAAACAGCGAUAUCCGACUUCAGGACGUUUCGUUCGUUUUCUCAGUGGUCGGUAAAAACAACCUGAGCCAAAAAUUCUUCCUCGAUUUCUUGAUAAAUCGUUGGGACGACCUCCAAGUUCGGUAAGGCUUCUAACUUAUUCCAAACCGGGUAUCUGAAUUUCCCAGGUUGAAAGGAACGAGAUACUUGGCUAGAAUCAUAAAGACCCUGGCUGCCAAUAUCAACACACCUUCAGAGUUGUCUAAGGUAAAUAAAAAUGCUGAUUUCUUCGGAAAAUUAGAUCAUUUCAAGCUGGAAAAGUUCCUAGACGAGAAGCCUUCAGCCAAGGAGAUGAACGUCUUCACCGAAAUUCUGGAGAAAGCUCCGGUGAGGAUCGCCUGGCGCCAGAAGAACCUCCAGAACCUCUCCAAACACUUUGCACAGCUUCUUCAGAAGUCCUAA